AUGGUGACAAACACCCUCCAAUCACGAGCUUUGGCGCUCAAACCAUCUUCUUCUUGCUUCUUCAUCGGAUUUACCGCCACAAUGGCUCCCAAAUUGACCUCGUUCCUCUACCUGGCGACGCUCCUGGCGGUCUCCGCCGUCAACGCGGCCGACCUCGCCGAAACGCUCAAGGCCGACUCCCAGGCGAUCGUUACCGCCACCUCCGCCGCGGCCGACUUCCUCAAAACCAUCGACGAGUCCAACGUCGCCGAGAAGGCGCCGCUCGUGUUCGGCCUUCUCGCGGACGUCCACGAGAAGUAUAACGUGGGCACGAUCGACCUGGAGCCGAUUCCCACCCCCCGCCUGAACCCCCUCACCGACGAAGAGCAAGCGGAGAUCGAGGGCAACUUGAAGGCGAUCGUGCGCGCGCAGAAGGACGUGUCGGCGGAACUCGCCGCGAAGACGGCGCUCUUCGUGGGCGACGGGUACGACCAGCCGAUCGUGUGGGUGCUGGAGGAUACGCUAUCGGCGGUGGGCAAAUACGCGGCCGCGCUCGAGCCCAAGUUUUUGGGGCUGCCCAGCAAAGCUCUCAAGAGGCAGCUGGAGUAUCUGCUGGGAAAGGCGAUCAAGGCGUAUACCCCGGCCCCUGCUCCCAAGGCCGCGGCAGCAAUCUAG